AUGAAGCUGUUGAGGCUCCACUCUGAUCAAACGCUGCUUUCUCUUGCGAUGUCAACGUGUGCUGGCACACCGCUGACCCUGCAGCAGCUGCAGCGCCGCUUUGAACAGCUCCGGCGUUUUCAGGCGCGCCUCCGCCUGCCCGCCGCAAGCUAUUUCGAGGCCAUCGGGAGAAGGUAUCGUUUGCCCUUGCGUGCUGAACAUGCUGAGCCACGUAAGCAUGUGUCAGUGCGAGUGCGCGAUUACCUGGCUGGCUUCUUCGAUGGUGAUGGCUGUGUCCAGGGCACUGGUGGUUGCGUCAAGCUCUCUGUGACACAAACCCAGUCUUCAAGCAGCGUGCUGCUGUUCUUCAGAAAUGUAUUGGGGGGUGGAAUCAUCAGACACACCGCCACCGUGGGCUUGUGGAGACCAUGCUUGAUGUGGCAGGUCUAUGCUCAAACUGCUCAGCGCGCAGCGGCUGUUUUGCUGGGCAGCUCUUGCUGCAAGCGCUCCCAAUUGGCCAUUGCCAGCCAGUGGCGGCAGCACCUCCGCUUGCAGGCUUGCGCCCUUGCUGACUUGAAGAGGUUGAAGAGAGAAGAGCCUCCUCCAGUUUCAUGCCCCUCUUGGCACUACUUGGCGGGGUUCUUCGAUGCUGAAGGCAGCAUUUCAACGAGACGACCUGCGUACGUGAGGUUGGACAUCGGGCAGAAGCAUCCGCAAGUCCUCCAGGCCUUCGAGGUUUUCUUGGCAGCGCAAGGUGUACACUGCUCAAUAUACAGAGAUAGAAAGAAUGCUUUCCAUCGACUGACUAUACACAGAAGUGCAGAUUGCAAGUAUGUACUUGCGAGCUUGGUGGCUGCAGGUUUGCGGGCGAAGCGCAAGGCCGCACGGAUUGCGAUGAACAUUUGCAAACAGGACUUCCACGAGGUCCGAAGCAAACUCCAGGCCGAGGCAGGAAAUCAAGGUCGCUACCGGCGAUUGAGUCUCCUAGGUCUGGCAAGGGCAGAGAGCAUCCGUGGAUUGCAAAAACAGUUGUGGAGGUUCGAAGGCCCAGGGCGUGGUGUGCUUGAGUCGCAGCUGGAGAAGCUACAAGAAGACCACAAACUACGAUGUGCUGAAGAGCGGCUUCAGCUACUUCGAUCCGACAUACGAUCUCUCCUCGCUGCAGGGGCCAGCAGUCACUGCGUGCUGACUUCGAUGCCAGCCUACAGCGUUUCGGAUGCAACGUCAACCUAUGUGAUGUCCACUCUACGGAAUUACAAAAGGGAGUGUUCAGCACACACCAACACAACAGCAACAUGGGGAUUUCCCGAAAGGGGUACCCCUUACAUACCCCAAAUACUAUAA